CCUGUCACUAUCCAAGAAUCUCAUUUUAUAUUGCAGGUUGGAGAAUCCAAGAUUGCAGAGCCAUGACAAUCCCUGAUAAUAGCAGCCUCCAGAAAGCCACUUUCUUUCUGACAGGCUUUCAAGGUAUGGAAGAUCUCCACGGCUGGAUCUCUAUUCCCUUCUGCUCCAUUUACAUGACAGUUAUUUUGGGGAAUCUUACCAUCCUCCACAUCAUCCGUACUGAUGUCACCCUCCAUGAACCCAUGUACUAUUUCUUGGCCAUGCUGGCCUUCACAGACUUGGGCCUUUGCCUUUCCACGCUGCCCACUGUGCUCGGCAUCUUCUGGUUUGAUGCCAGAGAGAUUGGCAUCCCUGCCUGCUUCACUCAGCUCUUCUUCAUUCAUACAUUGUCUCUAGUGGAGUCCUCAGUUCUAUUGUCCAUGUCCAUUGACCGCUAUGUCGCCAUUUGCAACCCACUGCAUUACUCCACCAUCCUGACACCAGCAUGUAUUGUCAAGAUGGGACUGAGCGCGGUGCUUAGAAGUGCUCUCCUCAUCCUUCCCUUGCCAUUCCUCCUUAAGCGCUUCCAGUACUGCCGUUCCCACGUGCUGGCCCAUGCCUACUGCCUGCACCUGGAGAUCAUGAAGUUGGCCUGCUCGAGCAUCGUUGUCAAUCACAUCUAUGGACUCUUUGUUGUGGCCUGCACCGUGGGUGUGGACUCCCUGCUCAUCUUCCUCUCAUAUGCCCUUAUCCUGCGCACUGUGCUGAGCAUUGCCUCCCAUCAGGAGAGACUUCGGGCCCUCAACACCUGCGUCUCUCACAUCUGUGCUGUGCUGCUCUUCUACAUCCCCAUGAUCGGCUUGUCUCUUGUGCAUCGCUUUGGUGAACAUCUGCCACACAUUGUACACCUCCUCAUGUCUUAUGUGUAUCUGCUGGUACCACCCCUCAUAAACCCCAUUGUCUACAGCAUCAAGACCAACCAAAUCCGUGAACGCAUCAUUAAGAAGUUUGAGUUUGUAAGGUCACUUAUGUGUUUUCGGCAGGAUUAGGUUAGAGUAAGGGGAGGAAGAUUUGGGCAUAAUGCUCACAGGUUUCCUUGGUUUCAGCUAUGCUU